AUGCUAGCUAUCGCCCUCUUGCUGCUCUCGCUGGGCAUUGCGCCUUCUUUCCAAACGCGCCCCCCGGCCCCGAAGGCCUGCAAGACUUUCCCCGGAGAUCCUGACUGGCCAUCCCCCGCAACGUGGCACGCUUUUAACGCUUCUGUCGACGGUCGCUUGAUCCGCACUGUACCCAUUGGUUCCCCCUGCCACAAUCCGAACUUCAAUGCAACCGAAUGUGACAUCAUCAAAGCCAAUUGGCAUGACCCUGCUUUCCAUGAACUAAGCCCGUCAUCGAUUCAAGACUCCCUGUGGGCGAAUAAGAGCUGUGACCCUUUUAGUCCCCCAGACUCUCGAUGUAUCAUUGGCAACUACGUCCAAUACACCGUCAACGUGUCUACCCAGGACCACAUCAAGAAAACCCUCACUUUUGCCAAGCAGCACGACAUUCGGUUCGUGCUUCGGAACACUGGCCACGACUACAUGGGGAAGUCUACCGGAGCUGGAGGUCUUGCCAUUUGGACGGGAAACAUGAAGAAAACUGAGUGGAUCCCGCAUUUCAAGAGCGCAGGCUACUGUGGGCCUGCGGUCAAGGUAGCCGCUGGUGUUUCAGUAAUUCAACUCUAUGAAGAAGCCGAUGCUCGUGGUUUCGCUGUAGUCGCCGGCGCUUGCCCAACUGUUGGGUUCGCUGGUGGAUACAUUCAAGGAGGUGGCCAUUCGGCCUUGAGUUCGAAACACGGUCUGGCGGCCGAUAACACGCUUGAGUUUGAAGUGAUCACUACAACAGGCCAAUUCUUAACCGCAUCACCCACCCAAAACUCCGACCUUUACUGGGCCAUCAGCGGUGGGGGUGGAGGCACCUACGGUAUCGUCUGGAGUGCGACAGUCAAAGUCUUCCCCGAUGAGGAGGUUUCGGGAGCUUCGGUCAGCUUCGCUGUAGGUCCCAACGUGACGAGGGACCUUUGGUGGGAAGGUAUCAAUUUCUACACAGCUCAGACUCCCAAUUACACAGCUGCCGGUGCUGUUUCAUACGCCUUUUACUCGGGGGAUACGUUUAAUCUCUCGCCUCUCUUCCUGCCAGGCGGGAACAAAGAUCAAGCACGAAAGCUCGUCCAACCAUUCCUUGAUAAACUCGUUCAACUCGGAAUCCCCCACAACGUUUCCAUUGACAACUUCCCAGGGUACCUCCCUGCGUACACAGCGCUCUUCCCCAGCGCUUUGUUUGGCGUUUCCACGCAAUUGUUCGGAGGGCGAUUGCUGCCUCGGUCAUUGUGGGACAGCCCCCAGAAACUUGCGCCGCUCCAAGAUUCUAUUAGGAACAUCGUGGACGCCGGCGCCCUGGCUUUCGACAUUGCCAUAAGGCCGACUCUAGCAGUCGCUGGAAACCCAAAAAACGCCGUCCUGCCCGCAUGGCGCGCAGCAGAGAGAACGUUUAACCCUAACUUACCAUGGGACGACACCGCGAACUUCGCAACCACCGUCGCUAAUCAACUGGAUACCAUCACCCACAACUUUGAUGAACAACUUCGCAAACUCACACCAGGUAGUGGAGCCUAUCUGAACGAGGCUGAUCCGUUCGAACCCAACUUCAAGGAGGCAUUCUAUGGGCCUAAUUACAAUAAGCUCCUUGCAAUUAAAGACAAGUUUGAUCCUGACCAACUACUGUUUGGAUCAACCGCUGUAGGCGGUGAUAGAUGGGUACAGCAGCCCGAUGGCCGACUGUGCAGAGCAUAA